AAUUAGAGAUUUUGGUGUACAGCACCCAGAAGUGAACAGGCUGACCCGGAAGCUGUGCUGUCUGGAGGCGCAUAGAGAACAUCCAGCCUCUUCACUGCUUUAUUAAAGCCUCUCCUGCGAGAAAAAAACACUCUGACAUCGAUAUAAAAGAAGGAUGGCAGAGCCUCGAUUCAAUAAUCCAUAUUUCUGGCCACCGCCUCCCUCUAUGCCUGGUCAACUGGAUAACCUGGUUCUUAUCGACAAAAUCAAAGAGCAACUGAUGGCUGAAAAGAUUAGACCUCCGCAUUUGCCGCCCACCACUGUUCCCUCUCAGCAGACCCUGCUGGUGGCCUCUCCACCUUCAGAUGGUGGGCAACAUGUGAUGUCUCUCCCUAAGCUGCAGCAGGUGCCGGGUCUUCAGGCCCACAAUUCCUCUCAGCCUGACAUCGCCCUGCACGCCCGCCCAGCAUCAAGCAGCAUUGCAGAGCUGAAUAUUGAUGACAAGUCUGCGGUGAAGGCAAAGGGGUUAUGGGAAGACUGGCAUAUGCGGCAAGCAGUGGACCAAGCCUCCAGAGCAAAUCAUCGCUCAGGUCUCACGCUGUCAUCGCGCACUGAAAGCCACAACACCUCUGAGGCUAUAACUCCCACCACCCCGACAUCUAGCAGUCAGAACCGCUUAGGCGGAGCACCUUCCUUAAACACCAUUUCCGGCCUGGCCAGUGGUCCUGGCAUGGAGCACAUGAAAAGUGGAGGUCUGAUGGGUAUGCUGGGACCACAGCCUAAAGCUCCACGGGGCCGCAAGAAGAUUAAAGCAGAGAACAACACGGGCCCCUUGCUAGUGGUGCCCUACCCACUUCUGGCCUCAGGCCCUGACCAGGCGGUUACCAUCGCCAAAGAGGGAAAAACAUACAGGUGUAAAGUGUGUCCGCUCACUUUCUUCAACAAGUCAGAGAUGCAGAUUCAUUCCAAGUCCCACACGGAGGCCAAACCCCACAAGUGCCCUCACUGUUCGAAGUCCUUCGCCAACGCCUCAUACCUAGCACAGCACUUACGUAUUCACUUAGGCAUUAAGCCCUACCACUGCUCCUAUUGUGAGAACUCUUUCCGCCAGUUAUCACACCUCCAACAGCACACCAGGAUUCAUACUGGUGACAGACCAUAUAAAUGUGCCCAACCUGGAUGCGAAAAGGCAUUCACACAACUCUCAAACCUACAGUCUCACCAGAGACAACAUAACAAAGACAAGCCAUACAAAUGUCCAAACUGCUACCGGGCCUACACAGACUCGGCCUCCUUACAGAUCCAUCUCUCCGCACAUGCCAUCAAGAAUGCUAAAUCGUACUGUUGCAGCAUGUGUGGCCGCGCAUACACCUCAGAGACCUACCUUAUGAAGCACAUGUCCAAACACACCGUGGUGGAGCAUCUGGUCAGCCACCAUUCCCCACAGAGAACAGAAUCUCCCAGCAUUCCCAUACGCAUUUCACUUAUUUGAGCUUCCUCCCUUAUGUUUCUCUUCCAUGAGAAGGUAUUUUGUUCGCCACGAUGGUCUUCCGUAGAGAAAAAAGAAGAAUGUGAUAAGAGUUUUCGGAGGACAUUUGAGUCUGAUAUUGUCUUUGCCCCUUUAGCUCUUAGUGAUAUAAAGCCUAUAGGCCACAGACUCAACAACUGCUGUCUGAACUGAAUUGUUCAAUUCAACUACAGACACCAGUCUAAAAGGAUUUGAUUGAUUAUUCCAAAAACAGAAUGUCACAGUUGUGAUCAUUUUAACAUUUUGUUUCAAAGGUGUGUAAGGGAGACUUCCAAAGAUACUCUUUAAGCACUUUUUCAGCCUCGUGGUUUCGCUCAAAGUAAAAUGAAUUUUUUCAGAAUGGGAGCAGCUUCUCGCUUUGGGCAGCUAUGAGAGUUCAAACAUAGUUUUAGAAAGUCUGACGGAUUUUGUUGGUUUCCGCCUCCACUUCUACUCCUUGUCGUUUGUUUUAACAGGAUAUUGUGAUUUAUUUUACUGUGGAUGUGACACUUCUUCCACUUUAAGCUUGUAUUAUCCUUUUAUAAGGGGUAUUAGGUCAUGGUUGAGAAAUGAAAAGUGAUGUUUUGAGUUCUGUAUGCCGUGAUGUGGCAUAGUUGAGGUCCAUUUUUUUGUGGAUUUUAUGAGCAUGUUCAUUGCCCCAGUAUUUUUACACUGGCAAAAGAGACCCAAAUAAGGAAUUGUAAAAAAAAAAAAAUCCCCCAGACGAUUCGUUUACAUAAAAGAGGGUCAAAAAGAUAUGACGCUCUCUAAAAUAAUGGCUUGUGUAAUUUGCAUCAUAGAUGUUUUACUAGUUUUACUUUUUCAGACAAGGCCUUUUUUUGAGUGCAAUGCAAACGUCAUCCCUUCCAAUCACAGUAUUUUGAGGAAAAAGUGUCCUUUUUUGUCAUUUUUUUUUUUAAAUUAAAUGGCAUAAAUGCAUCAUGACAAUGUCCAUUAAAUGGAUUUUUGUUGUGAUGUAACAGAAGAAGUGUCACAUGGGAUCAGUGUUAACUGAAUUACACUUUUAGGGUGUAACGUGACCUCUGAACUCCGUUAAGUGUUAAUUCCCUUUAUUCUCCCUGAGACAAACGAUGCAAAAGCACCUUGAGACAUUAACUUACACCGAUGGAUAGCUGAAAGUUUUAGGGGUUUUAUAGAUUAUGAUAUGAUCUAAUUACAGUGGCCUAUUUUGAAAUGUUUUUAUUUGUCAAAUUGGAAGUCAAAACAUCAGUAAUGGUGUUUAAAGAAAAUAUAGAAAUCAAAAAUUGAAUUUUGAAUGUAGUCGUGUUCAUUUCCACCAGUGCGUUUCUGUUACAUAAAUUCAUCCAAAAUAAAUAACUCUGUAAAUCUGUUUAACAAUAUUUUUUUUUGUUUUUUUAUAUAUAUGUUUGCUCUGAUAAGCAAAACCAGCAUACAAGCUGAUAAAACAUGUUUUUAACAAUAGUUGGCAGCCGUUUAAAAUGUUACUUACUGGGUUAAAGCACACUUGGUCUAUUGAAUUAUUCUAGCCAAAUUUGAUCAUACGUGAUCAUACUUGCCGUAUGUGAUUUAUGUGAUGUCAACAGGCCACAACACUGCAGCUCUACAACAUUCAUUUACUUUUGUGGUCAUUCAUACCAGUCAUUUGUUAAGCUUAUUGUGUUCAAUUCAUGUAUAUUUAGGAAACUUUUUUUUUUUUGUAUUUUCAUUUGUCUGUUUGCAAAGGACCAAGUUGUUGCUCACAAAAAUGCUCUCAAAAUUCCCCCAAAUAUAUGUAAUAUUGAAUAUAUAUACAGUAUAGGUGAUUUAUUACACAGUAAUGGUUUACUGGGUCAAAUUUUUUUUCUUUAAUAUUUGGGAAUGUGACCAAUACCGCCAUUUUAGAUAACAGCAGUUUGAUGAGGAUCUACUUCUUGGUGCUUUCUACAAAACCUCAGCUCAUUGCCGGGAAUAGAUUAUUACAUUACAGUAUAAUCCUGGCCUUUUCAGCCUCAAAUCCACUUUAGAUCAGUAAGACUUGUACAUUUGCUAUAAAAUAUACCCUGUAUUCAUUAAUAGUGCAAAUUGCAAGGUUUAGAUACUGUACUUUGUUCAUUUUUGUAUCUGUUUAGUAUAUUUCAACUUAUUAAUAUUUGUUUUUCUGUAAGUACUGAUCAUUGUUUUUAUAGGUAUCCUUGUCAUUUUUACAUGUACGCCUUAAUUUUAUCAUCGUUGAAAGACCGGUUUCUUUCUCUUUCUUCCUCCAUGUCGAUGUUUUUCAGUAUUCGGUUUUCUUAAGCCUUUUUUCCGCAUGGAACACUGUAAUCGUUAUUAAUUAACUGUUAACAUGUAUUACGUAAGACAUUGUUAUAUAUGUUCUGAAAUAAUUCACAUUUUCCUUUGUCUUGCAUUGUGGUUCCAUAUAAAAUUUUUGUUUAAUAUGCACAGACAUGACUGAUAGGUGAAUUAAGAAAAUAUCAAUGUCAAGAACACUUUGUAUCUCUAUCUUGUUUAUUAAAUUCAGACUGUUAUACCUGA